AAAAAAAUUGAAAAAAAUUCAAUCUUUCUUCUCUUCAAUUUAGCAUUUAUAGCAAAAUAUAUUUCUAUUUCUCACAUAUUUUCGAGAAUUAAUACUAGCAGAAAGAGAAAAAUAGGAGAGAUCUGAAGAGGGGUCUGACUAAUUUCUCUCAAAAAUCUCUCUUUUUGAACCGCCCUCCCUAAUUUUUGUCAAAAAGGGUACAAUAGAGGGAGGGGUAACAGUUUUUUUCCCUCUAAAUCUCUGCCUUUAGUUUUUCCUAUACUCAGAUCAAGCACUUUUCGGUUUGUAUUUCAUUGAAAUAAUGGGUAUCGAGGUGGAAACUAAGUUAGUUCAUGUUCCAGUUGAAGCUGGAAGUGAACAAAGCAAUCUUCUGAAAGAAAAUGGAAAGCCGAAUCAUGGUUCAGGAAUUACUGAGCCAAUAAAAUUCGGCUCUCAUGUUACUGAAGAACCUAAGAAGGAGGAAGUAAGCAGAAUUCCUGUGAGCAAUGUUCCAAAGGAUGCGGUUGAGGAUUGGCCUGAACCUAAGCAGGUCCAUUCGUUCUAUACUGUUAAAUUUCGGAGAUUUGAAGAUCCAAAACUGAAGGCCAGAAUUGAACUGGCUGAAAAAGAGCUACAGAAAAAGAACCAAGCAAGAUCUCAGAUCAUUGAAAAAUUAAAGGCCAAAAGGGCUGAAAAAUCAAUUGUAAUUGAACAAAGGAGAGCCCUCAGUGCUGAAAAUAAGGAAUUUCGGACUGCUAUUGAUGGUAAGAUAAAGGAAAUGGUACCUCUGCAUGAGGCCCUGGGCCAGCUCCGCGGUUCUAGGAAUGCAGGCCGAGAGAGGGGUCCUAUGGUGUGUUCAUCUGAGGAGGAGCUCAAUCAUCUUAUUAAGAGUCUGCAGUACCGCAUUCAGCAUGAAAGCAUUCCUCUGAACGAAGAGAAGCAAAUUCUCCGGGAAAUCAAACAACUUGAAGGAACAAGGGAAGAUGUUAAAAAGGUUGCUGCUGCAAGGGCACAGAUUCAUGAGACGAUGGGUGAAAAAGAAUCGAUCCAGAGCCAGGUCAAACUUAUGAAUGUUGGCUUGGAUGGAGUUCGUAAGGGGCAACAGGAGGUUAAGGGCAAGCUUAAGAUAAUAGAUGAUCAGAUUACUGCCAUAAACAACCAGAUAAACAUAUUGGAUGAGGAAUUGAAGGAUGUUGUGGAUAAGAGGGACAAGACUUAUGAACAUAUUCUGGAAUUGAGAAAACAGCGUGAAGAAGGGAAUUCUUCUUUCUACCAAAACUCCAACGUGUUGCACAAAGUGAAACAACUUGCAGAUCAAAAGGAUGUUGGAGCCCUUAAAGAGCUCUCAGUUACAGAGGUCGACAAGUUCAUUUCUCUUUGGUGUGGUAGUAAGCCUUUUAGAGAUGACUAUGAGAGGAGACUCUUGCAGUCACUUGAUAUUAGGCAGCUGAGCAGGGACGGCCGGAUGAGGAAUCCUGGUGAAAUGCCACUGGUGCUACCAGAAGCGCCUACUGUCUCCCGUGCUGAAGUUCCAGCAAGAGCUAUUUCAAAACCCAUUAAGGAAGAUCAUGCACCCGUUGAUGCUGCUCCGAUUCAGAAAGAAGAGCAAGAGAUGAAUGACAAGCAGCUGAAUGAUUUUCGUGGUAAAAGCACAAAAAGCACAGAGAAAAAAGCUGUUGCUGUUGAUGAAGAGGAAAUCUAUGAUUUGGACCUACCCAUGGAUAUUAAGCCCAAGAAAAAUGAAGUUGAUGAAGCAACACUGAAGGAGAUGAAGAAAGAGGAGGAGAUAGCUAAAAAUAAACAGGCUAUGGAGAGGAAGCGAAAGUUGGCCGAGAAAGCAGCUGCAAAAGCUGCAAAGAAAGCUCAGCUAGAAGCUGAAAAGAAGCUCAAGGAAAUUCUCUCUGAUUCUUCAUAAUCAUACCAUCUAUGUUGCUCGGACUCUUCAAGAACGUCAAAUGCGUGUCGGAUUCUCCAAAAGUAGUGUAUUUUUUGGAGAAUCCAACACGGUGCAGCAUCGAAAGUGAAGAGUCCCGCAACUUAGCUUACCAUUUCCUUGUAGUUUUAGGUUGUAAACGUUUAAGAUUAGUCUUAGACUUAUCUUGUUACUUUUAACUCCUUUCAGGAACGUGAGAAGAAAGCGAGGAAGAAGGGUGGAUCUUCUGCUACUGGUCAGGAACCAACCAAGGAACCAACUGAAACACUCGAGGAGAUUGCUGAGGAAGAAAAUGAAGAGGAGACUGUUGAAACAACCGUUGCACCCAAGGUCAAGGCACGGAAAGAGAACACCGUCAGGCACAGAGCAACACGUGCAAGAGGCUCCGAGCUUCCCAAAGCUAUACUAAAGCGCAAGAAAGCAACAAACUACUGGCUAUGGGCAGCUGCUCCUGCUGCACUCGUGAUUCUGGUACUUCUAGUCAUCGGAUACAUGUAUCUUCAAAAGUAGAAAGAGGUGGUGGGGAGAGCAAAAUCAAAACUUUGGCUUUAGUGUCUUUUAUACAUUACUGCAAUAGCAAGUACUGUUUAGUUAUCAUGACAUUAUUUCUUUUUCUUGCAUCCUAUAUAGUUUAGGAUGGAAAACUCAUAAAUGUGUUGGUGGUAGAUGCGGCCUAUGUUGAGAUACUGACUGAGAGAGUCUACAUGUUUUUAUUUUUGUUGGUGUAGUUGCAAUUAUUGAUAUUUUACUUAAAUCACUUGUCAUGUUGGACUUUUUCCUU